AUGCCUGUUACAACAAGGCAAAAUAAACAAGGGAGAAAAGGCGGCGGCGUGGUUUUUCGCCUUUGCACCAAAGCUUCCUUGUACGCGCUUCUAGUCUGGAUUGUAAAUUGCUCCAAUUCGAGCCAAUAUGGUGGUAAUUCGUACCAUGUGAUGAGCAACAAUGGCCUUGAGAGAAAAGCCGUGGAUUCAAGAACUCUGAGGUUAUUAGCAGAAGCGUACGAAGAAGAUAUAGAACAAGAUGGACCUAUAGUGUACGACGAGGAAGAUAUAGAACAGGAUGGACCUGUCGUACACGACGAGGAAGCUAUAGAACAAGAUGGGCCUGUCGUACACGACGAAGGUAUAGAACAGGAUGGACCUGUCGUACACGACGAGGAAGCUAUAGAACAAGAUGGAGCUGUCGUACACGAUGAGGAAGCUGUUGAACAAGAUGAAGAAAUUUCAGGAGAAGUUGCAGAAGAAGAGCAAGUUGUGCAAAAAGCUCCUUCUGUGUCCUCAGUGCAAGAACAAGUUAUGCAAAAAACUCCAUCUGUACCUUCAGCACAAGAACAAGUUGCACUGCAAGUUCCUAAAAAUUUAACAAAAGGAGGAAAAAUUGAAUAUAAGGAUGAUGGAUCAAUACGUGCACGAUCUGUAGAUUUAAACGAGCAACCGGAGUUAAUAAAGCGUUAUGAAGAAAGAAAGAUAAAUGUGCGUGAUAAUUUUAAACCAACAAUAACAGCCAAUUUUGAAGAAGCAUUAAAACGUUGUAUUGCAUUCAACUCACGAAUACACGAAAUAGAUGGAGACUUUUUAGAUAGUGCUCCAUAUCGAAGAGACGGGGACCCAUAUGGUGUAUUACAAAAAAAGAACAAAAGAACGGUGCAAACUGGAUAUUUGAGAAUGUAUCAAAACGAUUUUCGCAAUCUUCCAAACAUAGAUGAUUUAAAAAAUAAUGAAGAACUAGAAGAACCAUACCUAGAAAGAAAAUACGUACGCCCAUAUCUAAGCCCCACUCCACCAAGAACAACUGCUUUAACAAGAAACGUAGAAAGAAAAAUAAAUAAAGAAGAAGAUGAGGAGAAGGAGGAAGAAGUAGAAGAAGUAAAAGGAAAUAAAAAGAAAAGAAGAAGAUUCUUCUGUUUUUAA